AUGGUUCUCACUGGCGUCUCUCUUCCCCAGCUGCCGGUGACUGUGCCGGCAGCUCCCAAGCCUGAUGCCAUCCUGAAGCAGCCUUCACUUGAGGAGCGCAAGAAGGAUGCCAGCAUUGGUGUCCAGGAUGUUCCCUUUGCCGACAUCGACCCCGGUGUAUUCAACAGCGAGCUAGUCAAGCUCAAGAUUUAUGCGAAGCCGGAUCAAAAGAACUUGGCUCAAAAGCCAGAGUUGGGUGGAGGUAACAUUGAGGAGGGCACCUACGCUGGCACGCAGGCCGCUCUUACGCACGCUUACAGCCGCAUUGAGAGAAGCUACGAGUCGUAUUUCGACGUGUUGCAAGUUGAACCAACUCUGCCUCGAUACGUAGAUCUCUCCCAGAAGAAGCAAAUCUACAAGUACUCAGCCUACCCCAAGAACCCCGAUGGCACAGAUGCCCAGUACCCUCCCCAUCUUCAAAGCAUCCCAUCCGCAGACCAAGUCUCCGAGCUCAAGAUCUUCAAUGCUCUCGGUCUCGUUGAGACUGGCUUGAUGAUCAAGCAGAUCAUUCCUGACAACUUUGCCGGCAAGACUGCAAGGUGGCUGCUCAGCCUGAAGAAUGGAGACAUCAGUGGUGCUCCUGACCAAGGCCCCAAGAUUGAGGAUUAUGUCGAGUACAACAAGAAGCACCGCAAGUCUGGCACCGAUAUUGAGCAGGGCGCCAACAUUGGCCUUCUUCCUGACUGGUUUGGUGAUCGUCGUUUCGCGGAGCAGUCUUUCACCGGCACCAACCCUACGACCAUCGAGAAGGUGUCGAAGGACCUAUUGACCGAAUUCAUUGAUACUGCCAAGCGCGAUGGAUGGGACUACUGGGCUAAGACUCUGCCCCAGAUUGAUCCCAAAUCCCUCUUCAUGCAAGAUACUCGCUACUUCCGCAAGGCAUUCGGUGCCAAGCCUGAUGAGGAGCUCAAGCACAAGGAGCCGGCUUCUGAUGACAACUGGGCCUGCUCCGCCGUGACGCUCUUCCAACUUCACGAUGACGGCAAGUUGCAUCCGAUUGCUAUUGUCUGUGACUACAAGGUCAGCAUGAAGAACUCGGUCACCAUCUUCAACCAACGCAAGUCUCCGGCCGAUUCCUCCGACAAGGAGAAGAACGACUGGGCUUGGAGAUACGCAAAGACAUGCGCUCAAGUCUCAGACUGGAUUCGUCAUGAGGUCAGCGUUCACUUGACUCGUGCGCACAUGAUUGAAGAGUCAUUGAUCGUGGCUACUCACCGGACUAUUCCCAUGGAGCACAUCGUCUUCAAGAUUCUCCAGCCACAUUGGUACAAGACGCUUUCACUCAACGCGGCCGCAAGAAGCACACUUGUGCCGCAGGUCAUCAAGGACCUUGUUGGCGUCAACCCCGACUACUUGUACCGCUUCGUGCGCUACGAAUUCGAGAACUUUGACUAUGUCAAGAGCUACAUCCCCAACGACCUCUCUAACCGUGGAUUCCCCAACACUGCCGAAGGUCUGGCGGACAAGAAGUACAAGAACUACGCCUACGCCAAGAACAUGCUCUCCAUGUGGAAGGCCAUCCGCAAGUAUGUUAUGAGCAUGCUCCUGAUGUACUAUGACAAGAAUACAGCGGACAAGAUGGUCAAGGAAGACAAGUACGUCCAGGACUGGUGCAAGGAGGUCCAGACCAACGGUUGGAUCAAGACCUUCCCCAAUAUUCAGACCCUGGAUCAGCUUUGUGAUGCGCUCACAAUGUCUAUCCACAUCGCAGCUCCGUUCCAUACCGCUGUCAACUAUCUCCAGAACUUCUAUCAGGCUUUUGUGCUCUCCAAGCCACCGGCCCUGUGCGACGCCUUGCCAAAGUCCCUAGCGGAGCUCAAGGCCUACACAGAGAAGAGUCUAGUGGAUGCUCUACCAAUUGGUCGACAGAGGGAGUGGCUACUGGCGGUGCAAGUUCCCUGGCUCCUCAGUUUCAAGGUGCCCAGUGACCGUAGUCUGGUCAGCUUUGCCCAGUCUCAGUGGCGAGCACAGGUUGGAAACAGCCCGGAGGCUCAGGCGGUUCGCAACAUCAGCGAAAUGUUUUACCUCGACUUGAAGAAGCUUGAUGUAGAGUUCCUUGUUACCAGCAAGGGAAUGGAUGAGGGCAGCAUUCCUUACAUGGUGAUGGACCCUGACAACACGGCCGUGUCCAUUCUUAUUUGA